UAUCCUGUAGUUGUUUUUCCCUCCACGUAGCUGAGUCAGCAUGGAUGGACAUACCAUGCAACUUUUGAAUCUUCACUGUCGCACCGGAGCACUAACUGAUUAAGUGUUUGAAGAAUGGACAGCAGCCACCAGGAGGAAGUAACAUGCAGCCAGGAACCAGAGUUCACCGGACCUGCGUCGUCCAAAGAGAAGAAGAUCAUCUACUUCUCCAGCGGUGAAACCAUGGAGGAGGACAGUGAGGAAGAAGAGGAGGAGGAGGAGUCCUUAAGCACAGCCCCUUUCAGGGAAACCGCAGAGAAGACUAGGAUCUCAUUCAGAAAGCUGGCCUUUCUCGUUGGGAGGAUUUCACUGCUGACUUGUGAUUUCCUUGGAGAGAGACUUGCUGGUGCACUUGGACUGAAUGCUGCCAAAUACCAGUAUGCUGUAGAUCAAUAUCAGCGUGAUCACAAGAAACCAAGCAGCAAAGCCCCAGGUGGCGUCAUGGAGGGACGUGGAGAGAUGAUCCACCUCUCUGCUCGACAGGAUCAGAGUCAUUAUGGAGCUACAGGCGAAGCAAGAUUCUCAGAUGAUAACCACACAAACCGAAAAGAUGGAUACCACAACAGAAGCUAUCAAGCAGACGAGGAUUGUUUGAAAUAAAACGAGGAGAAUGAAGCAAA